AUGCCUUCAUUCUUAACAGACACCAUUUCAAAUCCCCGGAUCCAGCUGCUGGCCACAGCGGCUGCUUCUGGGGCUGCCGUAGCUGGACUCAUCUUUGGCUACCAGGCUCUGGAGCGGGAGGAGCGUCUAUCAGAACUAAAGAGCUCAAUACCGUCACUUUCAAACGACAAUGGCCUACCGCAGUUGAACAGCUUUGGAGCUUCAUCAGAGUCCGGCCUGGACCCUGAAGAUGCUCGAAACAUUGCCCUUGCUAGGCGUGCGCAAGCCGGCGACUUUGACGAGGAACUCAUCCUGGAGCAACUCGCCCGCAACCAGGUCUUUCUUACUCCCGAGGGCCUACAGAAGCUGCGAGAUUCUUUCGUCAUAGUCGUGGGUUGCGGAGGCGUCGGUUCACAUUGCACUGCCGCUCUGGCUCGGUCAGGAGUCUCGAAGAUUCGUCUCAUUGACUUUGAUCAAGUCACUCUGAGCUCCCUCAACCGACAUGCCGUCGCUACUCUGGCCGACGUUGGCACUCCCAAGGUUCAAUGCCUCCACCGACGACUCAUUGCCAUCGCGCCCUGGAUCAAGUUCGACCUUCGACAGGAGAAAUUUGACGAGCACGUUGCUGAGGCGAUGCUGGCGCCUUGGAUAGAGGGUGGCCGCAAGCCGGACUUUAUCAUUGAUGCCAUUGACAACAUUGACACAAAGGUUGCCCUGCUAAAGUACUGCUACGACAACAAGCUGCCUGUGAUCAGCUGUAUGGGCGCAGGAUGCAAAGGAGAUCCGACAAAGAUUGUCAUUGGCGACAUUGGAACGAGUAAAGAUGACGGGCUGUCACGUGCGACGAGACGACGACUAAAGCUCCUGGGUAUUACCAGCGGCAUCCCCGUCGUUUACUCUACUGAGCAAUCCGGAGAGGGAAAAGCCGAGCUGCUGCCACUUCCCGAGGAAGAGUUCCAGAAGGGAUCUGUCGGUGAUCUCGGAGUCAUGGCCAACUUUCGCGUGCGGAUUCUUCCUGUUCUGGGGACAAUGCCUGCCAUAUUUGGACUCACGGCUGCCAACCACGUCAUUCUCAGAAUUACGGGCUAUCCUAUCUCGUACGUCCCGGGCAAGGCGCGAGAGAAGAUGUACGAAGGUAUUCUCACCUACGUCCAAGGGUCCGAGGAGAAGCUCGCAAGGCUGUUUGUGCCGGAUACUACCGGUCUCAAGACGCCAUUGACGUUGGGGGAUGUGGCAUUUCUUACCGAGGAGCUGUACAACGGUCGCAGCAUCCUGAGCGGAAUUCCCACAAGGCUUGUGCUCAUCAGGUGGAAGAAGCCGGAGACGUCGAGCAUGACGGUGAUUGGCGAGGGAAAGGACGAGCAAAAGUGUUCCACGAUCCGCCUGCGAGACCUGGUGUGUAUGACGAAGGAAGAGGCUACGAGGCACGAGAAGGAAGUCUUCAAGGCAGGCAAGCCCGUGGAAAGCCUUUAUGACGCGGAGACUAUUCAGCGGGUCGAGGAGCGAAUGAAGGAGGCCGAAAAGUAUGAGUGGUUCCGUAGAUAG